AUGGCAGAAACAAAGCUGUCUAAGAAAAAGAAUACAAAAAUAAAAUAUAAAAAACAAUUAAAAUAUAUUAAAUAUAGCUCUAUGCUAAUAAAAGAAAUAAGCGCUAUUAAUAUAUUUUAAAUAAAUGGAGAUCUUACCCUAGAUAUAGACUAAAUAUUAUAUGUAGAUCAUAUACAUGCAUUAUCCACUAUGAAUGAGUUUAUUAAAGUAAAAAAAGUCAAUUUAUGCAACUAAUCGAAAUUUAUAGAGGUUUAUCUGGAUGGAGAUACUUCUGUGAGAAACGAUUUAUCACUUCCUCUUAAAUUACUUAAAGAUAGUCAUUAAAAAGAGCUUUUUCAUCUUGCUGAUGUGAUCGAAUAAUAUCAAUAAAUAUUAUGGGAAAAAUAAUAUAAAUACAAUAAGAAGAGCUCAAAAUAGUAAACUCAAGAAAUUAUGUUUAAAAUAUAAAAUAAUCUUAGUGAGCCAGAAUGCGAUGAAUUCCAUGGAUGGAACUUUGAAAAGAGUACAGAAAAGGCAGAAAAGGUAAUAAAGGAUUUUAAUGAAUCUAAUGAUUAAGAGCAUUUUUAUGCCUUUAUUCUGUUCAAAGGGGAAAAGUAUGAUUAAAUUAAGCAAAGAAUUAAAUUAAUUGUUAAAUUAGAUUACUAAAAGAAGGAAAAAGUGAUUUACACUAUUUCAGAAAAGGAUUGA